AAUUCGCAGAAAUGAAAUCGUAUAAGAAGAUUCAGAUUACGCCAGAGCCCGCAACAGUGGCGAGUCCGCACAUCGGCCACAGGACGUGCAGUGGUGGCUCAUUAUCAAAACGAACGGGAAACUCACCUUACACCUCCUCAACCUGUCGAGUUCUCAGACUGGAACGACCGUUAUGAAUAUUCUACACAAGAAGUACAAGGGCAUAAAACCAGUUCACGACUGGUACCUCUCCAGUCCGCAGAUCGAGGAAGCCGUCGUAUCACCCUUCUGCACCGGUGACCCUGAGGCUCAGGAUUACCCCCGUGAGGUGAUCAUUGAGAGCAGUACACCCCGUCCUGACCUAACCGAAGCAUUCCACAACUCAACUGUGUUGCGUGGAGCAAGGGAUUUCCUGCGUUUGAAUGCGCAGUUUAAUAUCUUGCCUGGUGCAACGCAGAGUGAGAAGGCCCGUCGCGCGAUACUCAUCAAGACGAAUGUCUGCCAAUAUAUAUUGGUAGGGGCGUUGGCUGUGGUGGUUUUGUUUGCUAUCGUAGCUGGAAUUGUGGUUGGUGUGUUAGUUCAUAGUGCGACAUUGGGAGUAGCUACGUCUGCUGGUGUGAUUGGCAUCUUCACCCUGGUCCAAGGGUAUCUUUUUGGGAUGAAGCUGUUGGGUCAAGGCAAGGGACAUUGAUAUUACAUGUGGUAUUUUAGGCGGGCUACCGUGUUGCUGUCGGGCAGUGAUGAGUUAUAGUUGGUUGUUCUGAUGAAGACAUUGGAAUGAGGCUGG